GCCUCUUAUCUAACAGGUGUGGUCACUGGUGUCAAAAUGCUUCGUUACUCAGAUGUUAACUCCUCAUUCCCACGAGUUCUGUUCUGGCCUGGCUGCAGUUGGUGGCUGCAGACUACCUCCUCCCAGGAGAGUGAGUCGGGCAGAACCGCGCCUGCCUCUUGAUCGCUCACCACACUUCAAACUGUCUACGGCAAGGCUAUGAAAAGCAAACCUCUGCAGGUGGCUGCCUGGAUGACCAUGGAGAUGGAUGGCAAUAAGAAGUUUGCGCAAGAGUGGCCAGGCUGCUUGCUGCAUGGCUGGGAGGGGAAGUAGUGGAGAGACCAGCUGGACACUCACAGAUCAACACAUCUCCGUCCUAUCCUCGCUUCCACUCCCGUCGUAAGAGCUCUAACUGCCCUGCCCACUUCAGCUGUGACCACAGACCCAUUAUCUCAUGGUUUCUGUCAAGUUCCUGAUUUUCCUCUCUUGAAGAUGAGCAAGAAUUCUGUGUUGAAGUGUUCUGCAAAACCUACCCCGGCAUGGAUUCAGAAAUGAGCGCUGUUUGACUUGCAGAUGGGGCCAGCCGCAGGAACCGGCCAGGCACGGAACUCAGCGCACUGCCCUGGGCACCACUCAGAUGUUCCUCUCACUUGCUGAUCCAAUCUCGCCUCCCGAGACCAUAAAGACUGGAAAAACUGGCGCUGGCCCCCGGGAGCCCCGAGAUGGCCAACUCCUCGAGCCCGGGGCCUGAGGCCGAGUCCUGCUCCCGGAGCGCGCUCGUCACCCGGCAGGCGGUCCCCGCGCUCUACUCCGCCGUCUUCCUCGCGGGGGUCCUGCUCAACGGGGCGUCGGCCUGGGUCUUCUUCUCCGUGCCCAGCUCCAAGAGCUUCAUCGUCUAUCUCAAGAACAUCGUCGUGGCGGACUUUCUGAUGGGCCUGACGUUUCCUUUCAAGAUCCUCGCCGACUCGGGCCUGGGCCCCUGGCAGCUGCACGUGGUCGUGUGCCGAGGCUCGGCCGUGCUCUUCUACGUCAGCAUGUACGUCAGCAUCGCCUUCUUCGGGCUCAUCAGCUUCGACCGGUACUCCAAGAUCGUCAAGCCCCUGCUGACGUGCCCCGGGCACUCCGUGGGCACCAGCAAGCUGCUCUCGCUGGCGGUGUGGGGGCUCAUGCUCUUGCUGGCGGUGCCCAACAUGAUCCUCACCAACCAGAGCGUCAGGGAGGUGGCCAAGAUCCGGUGCAUGGAACUGAAGAGCGAGCUGGGGCGGAAGUGGCACAAAGCCUCCAACUACAUCUUCGUGGGCAUCUUCUGGGUGGUGUUUCUCCUGUUGAUCAUCUUCUACACGGCCAUUACCAGGAAAAUCUUCAAGUCUCACCUCAAGUCCAGGAAGAACUCCAGCUCGGUGCGAAGGAAAUCCAGCCGCAACAUCUUCAGCAUCGUGCUCGUGUUUUUCGCGUGUUUCGUCCCUUACCACGUCGCCAGGAUCCCCUACACGAAGAGCCAGACGGAAGCGCACUACAGCUGCCAGUCCAAGGCGACCCUGCUCUACGUGAAGGAAUUCACGCUGCUGCUGUCCGCUGCCAACAUUUGCCUGGACCCCGUCAUUUACUUCUUCCUGUGCCAGCCAUUUAGAGAAGUCUUAUGUAAGAAAUUCCACCUCCUCUUCAAAGGUCAGAACAACAUAGAUAAUUCUAAGAACAAGAGGGGAAACAUGAUUCAUGACAGCACAGACACGCUGUGAGCUCGCGCCCCCGCCCCCACACAGGCCCCGUGUGCCCGCCGCCAUCCCCAGCUCGGGACAGACAAGCAGCAUGCCCGCGGAAACAAGUGACAUUAUCCAACACCAGUUAUUAAAUCCAACAAAUGUACAGUAUGAUAUUCACGUGUUAGUUUCCAUGUUUUUGUAACAUGCCAAAAGUUUGCAAAUGUCCAUUUUUCGUUUUAAUUUUUUGGUUGAUAAUAAAGUAAUAUAAUCAAAAUAGGCUUAAAUCUAUGGCUAGAAAAAGAGGAACUUUAGAUGAUAAGAGGGAAAACAGGAAGGGUCCAGGACAAUCCACACAGGUGUCUGCUUUCUCUAAAGAUAACAUUAAGUAAGACGUUCUCUUUUGCAACUAGGUCCUUAGAUGUAAGCACAGCUCAAUAAAGGGCUAUUUUUAGCAAAAGGUCAAGUCUUCUCUGAUUUUAAACAGGAUAAGCAGAAAUUCAUAAAUCACCCAAGAGACCCCUAACUUUGCAAUUCUAAAGGAAAAGAUAUGCAAGUUGUGUACUUUACAAUAAGAAUGUAAUUUUUCUGAUGCAUUUUGAGGGUAUUGGAUAUAUGGUAAAUUAUUGAGCCAAUUAACAAGAGUGGGGUUCUGGUGCUAGAUUCUUUUAGGUGGACUCUACCAAGAGAAGGUGAAUAUUGGCACAGAUGUCAGCAGCAGCUUCCCCUGCUCAGUAGUGCAGAGAAAAAAAUAGCAUGACCGGGGAGAAAAAGACAAAGACACACACACACACACACACACACACACACACACACACUAACUAUUCUCAUGAGCUGUGGGGAAAUCAGUUUUCUCAGAAAGGAAAAUAAACUUGAAAGUCUAAAAUGUAAAAUGCGAAAUGACACAGAAUAUGAAAACUCACAAUACAUCAUAGUUUUUAGAAGUCAGAAGAAUAAAGAAAUGGGACAUGGUUGCCAGCUCAUAGGUUACCAAAAUUACACUCUUUCUCUGCUCUUAAAGGACUAGAAGACAUGCAGACCAUCUUUUGUGUGUUCUUCCUAAACAGUUUUGUAAUGUUUGUAUCUAUUUCAUAUCUUACUGU